UCAAAUUAUUGAACCUGUCGUUCUUCUUCCAUUAAUCUGGAAGUUUCAACGCUCACAUCAACUAUCCUCUGGGGAUAAAAGUGUCGAAAAGUGCCAACAAUGACAUUUACAUCGUCGCAACUAGAUGUAAUAGGCUUGAUGCUAAGAUAAUUGACGCACAAUUAGUUUUUUAUUCGUUUUGUUGGUGGGCAUAUAAUAUCACCAUGCGCGUAUGCCUACGCGCGUUUCUGUUGUGUAGUGUGUGGUAUCAAUUGCAUUAAAAGCCUCGCGGUUGGUGCGUUGAUGAGAUGCUAUGCUGUGCAACGAUAUCGUUUGGCAUAUCUAGCUACAGGGGAGCAUAAUCGGCGCUCUUUUGACAACGCUCGUUCGGCCAGCGGCUAGUCUUUCAGUCGACAGCCACCGAGCCGUCCUAGCAUAUGUCUCCGCGUCCAGCGUGACAGUCUCAGAUGGUGCUUGGACGUCUUAAGACAUUCCUGUCGUAGUAGUACCUACAUAUUUAACUAUUUAUUUUAUUGACGAUUAAUACCAACAACCAGGUUAAACGUACAGACCACUGGUUGUUGAAGACUUUACUGGGGAAGAUUAAGCUGUUUCUUGAGUGAGUGGUGCGCGUCGAGUGUUUUGGAAGCAAGUCAUGGAUUCGGUUGGAAAUUCGGCCGAUGAUGAUUCACGAAGGAAGGUAAAAUCGAAGGCGAGGAAAGGUGACGACCUAGAUGAUUUAAAACAGGAAUUGGACAUCGAUUAUCAUAAGAUCUCACCAGAAGAAUUAUACCAAAGGUUCCAAACACAUCCAGAAAAUGGCCUCAGUCAUGCAAAAGCUAAGGAAAAUUUGGAAAGGGACGGACCCAACGCACUCACCCCACCCAAGACCACCCCCGAAUGGGUUAAAUUCUGUAAAAAUUUGUUCGGAGGCUUUGCACUGUUACUGUGGAUCGGUGCUAUCCUCUGUUUUAUCGCAUAUUCCAUUCAGGCUAGUACCGUUGAAGAACCAGCUGAUGAUAACCUCUAUCUUGGUAUCGUGUUAGCUGCCGUUGUUAUCGUUACAGGUAUAUUUUCGUAUUAUCAAGAAAGCAAGAGCUCCAAAAUUAUGGAGUCCUUCAAAAACAUGGUACCUCAAUUCGCUACCGUACUUAGAGAAGGUGAAAAGUUGACGCUGCGCGCCGAAGAUCUGGUACUGGGCGACGUUGUGGAGGUGAAAUUCGGCGAUAGGAUUCCUGCUGACAUUCGCAUCAUCGAAUCUCGCGGCUUCAAGGUCGACAAUUCGUCACUGACAGGCGAAUCCGAGCCGCAGAGCCGAAGUCCCGAAUUCACCCACGAGAAUCCAUUGGAAACCAAAAAUUUAGCGUUCUUCUCGACAAACGCUGUUGAAGGCACUGCCAAGGGUGUCGUGAUCAGCUGCGGCGAUCACACCGUCAUGGGCAGAAUCGCCGGUCUGGCGUCCGGUCUCGACACCGGCGAAACGCCGAUCGCUAAGGAAAUCCACCACUUCAUCCAGCUCAUUACCGGAGUUGCUGUGUUCUUAGGCGUUACGUUCUUCGUUAUUGCAUUUAUCCUAGGUUACCAUUGGCUCGACGCUGUCAUCUUCUUAAUCGGUAUCAUCGUCGCGAACGUACCCGAAGGUCUGCUUGCUACCGUGACCGUGUGCCUGACGCUCACCGCCAAACGUAUGGCGUCCAAGAACUGCCUCGUCAAGAACUUGGAAGCUGUCGAAACGCUCGGCUCCACCAGCACAAUCUGCUCGGACAAAACUGGCACUUUGACCCAGAACCGAAUGACUGUUGCCCAUAUGUGGUUUGACAACCAGAUUAUUGAAGCCGAUACCACUGAAGAUCAAUCUGGCGUACAAUACGACCGCACCUCGCCAGGAUUCAAGGCAUUAUCUCGCAUUGCUACCCUCUGCAACCGCGCCGAAUUCAAGCCUGGUCAAGAUGGUGUACCGAUUCUCAAAAAGGAAGUCAAUGGUGAUGCUUCGGAAGCUGCUCUCUUGAAAUGCAUGGAAUUGGCAUUGGGCGAUGUAAUGAGUUACAGACGCAAGUGCAAAAAGAUCUGCGAGGUGCCAUUCAACUCGACCAACAAAUACCAAGUUUCCGUCCACGAAAGUGACGAUCCCAAUGAUCCCCGUCAUAUUUUGGUGAUGAAGGGUGCACCAGAACGAAUUCUGGAACGUUGUUCUACUAUCUUUAUCUGCGGCAAGGAGAAAGUUCUUGAUGAGGAAAUGAAAGAGGCAUUCAACAAUGCAUACUUGGAGUUGGGUGGUCUUGGUGAACGUGUGCUUGGAUUCUGCGACUUUUUGCUGCCCACUGACAAAUAUCCUCUGGGCUACAAAUUCGAUUCAGAUGAUCCAAACUUCCAGCUUGACAACUUGCGUUUCGUGGGUUUGAUGUCGAUGAUUGAUCCUCCACGUGCCGCUGUACCGGAUGCCGUUGCCAAGUGUCGUAGCGCUGGUAUUAAAGUUAUCAUGGUCACUGGUGAUCAUCCCAUCACCGCCAAGGCUAUUGCUAAAUCGGUCGGUAUUAUUUCCGAGGGUAAUGAGACCGUUGAGGACAUUGCUUCCCGUUUGAAUAUCCCCGUCUCUGAAGUAAACCCGCGCGAAGCCAAGGCUGCCGUUAUCCAUGGUGGAGAUCUUCGGGAUUUGUCUUCUGACCAACUUGACGAAGUGCUUAGGUAUCACACUGAAAUCGUUUUUGCCAGAACGUCGCCGCAACAGAAACUCAUCAUUGUUGAGGGUUGCCAGCGUAUGGGCGCCAUUGUGGCUGUAACAGGUGACGGUGUAAACGAUUCACCCGCUCUGAAAAAGGCCGAUAUUGGUGUUGCUAUGGGUAUUGCUGGUUCUGAUGUGUCAAAACAGGCUGCCGAUAUGAUUCUGCUCGACGACAACUUCGCUUCUAUCGUCACAGGUGUGGAAGAAGGUCGUCUCAUUUUCGACAACUUGAAGAAAUCUAUCGCCUACACGUUGACCUCGAACAUUCCCGAAAUCUCGCCCUUCUUGGCUUUCAUCUUGUGCGAUAUCCCGCUGCCACUUGGUACCGUCACCAUUCUCUGCAUUGAUUUGGGAACUGACAUGGUGCCUGCCAUUUCAUUGGCUUACGAAGAAGCUGAAGCCGAUAUCAUGAAGCGACCCCCUAGGAAUCCAUAUGAUGAUAAACUUGUGAACUCUAGGUUGAUUUCGAUGGCCUACGGUCAAAUUGGUAUGAUCCAAGCGGCUGCCGGUUUCUUCGUAUACUUUGUCAUCAUGGCUGAGAAUGGUUUCCUCCCACUAACACUCUUCGGAAUUCGUAAGCAAUGGGAUUCGAAGGCCGUCAACGAUUUGACCGAUUCAUAUGGACAGGAAUGGACCUACCGCGACAGGAAAACUUUGGAAUACACCUGCCACACCGCUUUCUUCGUGUCGAUCGUCGUCGUCCAGUGGGCCGAUUUGAUCAUUUGCAAGACUAGGCGUAACUCCAUUGUCCACCAGGGCAUGCGGAACUGGGCCCUCAAUUUCGGUCUCAUUUUCGAGACUGCGCUCGCCGCCUUCUUAUCUUACACACCCGGCAUGGACAAGGGUCUCCGCAUGUUCCCACUCAAAUUCGUAUGGUGGUUACCUGCUCUACCAUUCAUGUUGUCAAUCUUUAUCUAUGAUGAGACAAGACGUUUCUAUCUACGCCGCAACCCCGGAGGGUGGUUAGAGCAAGAGACUUACUAUUAAGUGCAGCGACUGCCAACGUUCUGUGCCUCUCUUUUAUUUAACUAAACCAAAACAACCAAUUGAAACAUCAUCAAAACAACCAAACUAACAACUUAUUGCAAGCAUAACAUAAGAGACGGGGCGCAGUUAACUCGAUAGGAAGGAUUUCGUUCGAAACCAUAAUAUAAUAUAAACAAUUUAAUGAAAAUGAGAACUAAGAGAAUACAAAACGAUUAAUUUAUUUUUGUGUACUUUAGAACGUGCACCGUUUUUUGGCAGCUUAUAUAAAUCUAUAUAUUGUCUCUACGUAAUGUUUAAAGAAGAUGAAACCAUCAAUUACCAAGAUAAACAAACGUUCUAAGCAAACCAAACAAAGAAAAACAAAAACUAAUGGGUUCUAUCGAAUGCACAAUAAUAACAAACAAAAAAUAACGUAAAUUAUGAUGUAAUUAUGAUAAUUAACGAUGUCGUUCCCUAUCGAUAUGUUGUACAAAUCCUGUUGCUAAUCUAGUGAAAAGUCCUGCUUUGCGCAGAAUCUAUUAAGUAAAAAAGUACAGAAUAUUUAAGAAGAAACCUGAGAAAAAAGAAAAUAACAAAAAAAAUUACAUUAAAAUAUAACAAAUUAUAUAAGUUAUGAAACAUUGCGUGCGCGAGCUACGGGGCAGUCCCCUUCCCGUUGUUUUCCUGUUGAUUUGGGCGGCCGUGGCUCGCGCACCCUCCUUAGCUCUAUAAGAUGAUUUAAAGAUAACAAACAAAUAAUUAUAAAUCGAACAUGAGAAGAAAUUUAAGAUACAAACAACAAUAUUGUAAUAAUAUUAACGAGAACAAGAGAUGAUGAUUACGAAAUUAAAUACAAGUAAAGAGGAAUAAGUACAGUACACAGUAAUUACAUACAGAUGAUAAUGAUAAUAAUUAAUUAAAAUUAACAUUAACGGGAGCAUAGUGCAUAAUGUAAUAUGGUUGGUUACGAAUUCGUUUUUCGUUUUUACACUAUCUAACUGAUUACGUUUCGUUCGCGACACUCCGAAAUCUCAACUUACGAGCUGGCGAGCACGCAGAAACGAACGAUUUUUCAACUUCAAUCACUUCAACCAAAUAAGUGAACAAAAUAAAAACCAAAAACGAAUGCAAUCACACGAACUAUGAAAAAGGAGAAGAAAACGCAUGAAUGAUGUUGCCCGAAAGUACAUCCGUAACAGAACAGAAAAAAACAGGAAACACGAAAACAAUGGGAAGAAACUUGCUGUCGAAUAUUACGUUACGUUUUAGAUGCAAUAGUGUUUUCAUACAUUCCAGUUGAAAACAGUUGCCUUAGUGCUGUCAGUCAGUCCGUUUUACGAAAACUAACACAGAUUGGAGCCCUCGGAGGCUGGGCCACACGGCAGGUUAUUGUUUUUUUGCCGCGGUGGCUCCCUCCCCCACAACACUCGAUGGCGUAAACGAAUUAUGCUAACAAACAAAGCAAAAUAUGAAACAUAAAAUGAAGCAUCUGUAGUGUCGAUGUGAAUGACGAUGAAGUAGUAGUAUUAUUAGGCUUUCAACACUUAGGUUUAGCUAGAGUUGUAACUGUGUUGUUAUAUCGUGUUAAGUGUAACCAGGUCGUGCUCAAUACACAUGACUACAAAACUAAUCACGAUGGUAAACGUUCAUUAAGAAGUAAAACAAGCUAAGAUGAUAACAAAUUGCAUAAACUACAUGAGAUUAAACGUUAAGUAUUUCAAAUGGCGAAAUUGCAAACAAACUAACACAUUGAUAAGAAAGCAUAAAUAAGUAAUUGAAGCAUAUGGAAAAUUCAAAUUUAACAAUUAUUACAUAUUAUUCUAAUUAUCAAUUAAUACGAUUAUGAAUUACUCCCUACUUUCUUUGUAUAUAGUUUAGUAUUAUGGAAAUAUUAUGAUAACGUUUUAAUGAUAACACCGGGCGGUACCUACUACCAGACCGUCCACCAAAAUAAACAUUCAAGAGAAUUUGCUGACGACCACGAAUAUAUUUACCAAUUAAUACCGAUGUUAAGAUAUAAACUAAUAUAACGAACUAAUAAACAACUUGAAACAUGUAAGACGAAAUUGUGCUGCCGACCACCGCGGAGCGUUCCACCCGAUUGUGUAGUACUCAUAAUAUAACAACACACACACACACACACUGGACAUAACUGUAAUUAAAUAUGAAUGAUAAUUACUGAAACAAAGAAAUAUAUAAAGAUUACAUUGUUUUAUCGAAUGCUGUAAGAUGAGUAUACUGUCUACUGACAGCCGUUCACGAUUCACACUCGCUUUUAUCUUAUAUUCUUACUGUGAACACUUCUCUUCACAUAAUUCAUUGCGAUUCUGUUUAGGUUCUAUCUGAUUCAGAUGAAGAUGAUGCAAAAGUACACGUUGGUGACGGUGACAACUGGAGGAGCGUACCGCCGAAAAGAAUAACAUAAUAAUUAAUGAUAAUAUGCUGCUUCUGUAGAGCCCUAUUUUCAUAUACUCUGUCGCGCCCUGGUCCGAGACCAACUCACCAUGGUAUUGUUAUCUUAUUGUAAAUAUUUUUAAGUGAUCACUUAAUUAAUUGUUUGCCCAUUUCCGUGUCGAAUCUAUGAUUAACAUUGAGAGACGUUAAUAUGAAUUCUCUAUCGAUUCAAUUGACAUAUAUUUUUGUUCAUUUUAUUAUCAAUUUGAUUAUAAUAUAUAUAUAUCGCUUUUGUGUUCGUUUCACACAUUAAUGUUUUCGUAUGUAUUGAAGUUGUAUAAAUUUGGGUUUUAAUAAAAUGGAUGAUAGAAUUAAACAA